AUGUUUAUCAGGAAUGAAAUGAAGUCUGGUCUUCAAAGUAGCGAUUCGUUUGUAUUAAGUAAUAAAUCAACCAGUUAAGAGAAAAUGUCUCAGGAGUAGAGUGCUCAAUAAUCACCUAAGAAGCGAUCACUGCUUAAAUAAAAACAUCAUCUCAUUCCACUUACUGAUAGGUUGGAAAUUAGAAAAUGCUAUUAUAAUGAUUAGUAAAACGAAGAGUUAAAAUCACAAGAACAUAGAUUAAACAAUUCUCUCUAAAAGAAUAAAAUAAAUUUACUUCCAAAAUUAUAAGGUUUGGAUUCAGAUAAGAGUUUGUAUCAAACUGUUAUUGAAAUAUUUCCUGCAGAUCAUCCAAUUUGGAACGAUUUAGUUGAAAAAUCUUAGACUAUAGAAGAAGUUAUCGAAUCCAAUCCAGCCUUUUUUUUAGGGCUAAUGAGUAAUUUUAUACAUAGGAUUAUGAUUAGCUCUUUAUGUAUAGCAAUCUAAACUGCAAGCACUUAAAAAUAAAUUUCAGUAAAAGGCUAUUCAAAGUUAAUACCAAUAGGAUUAUCAAAAUGGCAAUGUAGGAAACUAAGAUGUUCUAUUGGAUUAGUCGAAGGCUCAUGAUUAAAUGUGGGGCAAAAACCUUAAAUAACUAUACGCUGGGAGUGUCUAUAAUGUAUGUAAAAUAUUUAUAGAAGUCCCAAUAUCUGCCAUUUAAGUUGGAAAAAAAGAGAAAAUCUCCUAAGCAAGAUUUCAACCCUAAUUUAAGCCAUUCGUCUUAUUUAUCAACUUAUAGAUCUUAAUUUUAAAAUUGGAAACCUCAAUAUCCUGGCAAGAUGACAAGAGAGACAUCCUCAAUGGAGCCAUAAAAUUUGCCAUUUAUUUCGGAAACCAGUUAUACUCGAGAAUUCAAAAACGUAAGAACAGAAAGAUCUCCUUUAUAAAAGAUUGCAAAAUUGUAUGUAUUCAAAUUUUAAUCAGAGGACCCUUUGCUGAAAACUCCGAGUAGUUAGUCAAAGAAAGUACAUCUUCGUAUUACUAAUAAUAACAGUUUAAUAGAAUUCCUUCAAAAUUAAUGCGCCCAAUGAGUCCAAAAUUAUUCAAUGCUAGUUUUGAAGGAUAGUAUACAUCAGAAUUUAAUAAGUAAAAAUAAGUAAUAUUAAGAUCUUACCACAUAAAUUCAGAUCAAGAAUCUUCUUUUGCAAAUAGAUUUUAUGAAAGUAAUUCUGUAAAGAAAAUCUUUGAUAGAAAAUUAGAUAGUAAAAUUUUUUGA